AUGGGUCAACCAUAUGAGCAGCCACAGGAUGACGGCAACGACCAGCGCGUCGCAGAUGAGAUAAACCCUGAAGACAGUGCGUCUAACGUGUCAAGCAUUAAAAGUCAUUUCGGGCCACUUGUCGUGGUGGUGGUUCACGGACGGAGGACCGCCAUCGGGAAAGCGAAGAGAGGGGCGUUCAAGGACACGACGCCUGACGAGCUGCUGAGCGCCGUGAUGCGCGCGGUGCUCGCGGACGUUGGCCUUCCUCCCGACCGGCUGGGAGACGUUUGUGUCGGUAACGUGCUGCAGCCCGGAGCCGGUGCUGUGAUGGCCAGGGUGGCUCACUUCCUCAGCGGGUUUCCGGACACGGUGCCGUGUUACACCGUCAACCGGCAAUGUUCCUCCGGCCUGCAGGCUGUGUUCAACAUCGCAGUACGUCCUGGCCGUCGGCAGCUCCGUGUUCCACGCCAUGUUUUAUGGCGAGCUGGCGGAGGAUCAGGAGGAGAUCCGGAUCCCCGACGUGGAGCCCCCCUCGUUCCUGGCCAUGCUGAACGGUUGUCGAGGUCGGGUCAACACGGCGGUGAUUGGAUGAGGCGCCCAGGACGCUUUCCGUGUCUCGGCAAAGCCGUGUGUCAGAUACCCGAGAACUCAAAGUGA